AUGGACCUGUCGGCCAUCACCAUUGUGCGCGCGACGCCCGCACAGGCUAAGCGUACCCUCGACAUUCACCACCCCUUCUGGGGUGUCCCGCGCAACUUCUCGCUCGAGAGAUACUACGAGGUCGAGGAGUCGCUCAACCACCCCGAGCAGCCUUGGGCCAAGCAUGGCGAGUGGACCGGAUACACAACCUGGGCACUCGUCCCGCGUGACGACCCGGAGACGCUCGACCUGCUGGCAUCGUGCGAGACGUACAAGCGCCAUGCGCUUGUCCUUGCUCCUGGCGAGACUGAGCCCAAGGACGAGGUCUCGUACGGUAUUGCCUCGGUCUUCUGCAACCCCACGCACCGCGGCAACGCCUACCCGCGCCAUCUGCUGAGCUUGCUCCACUACGUCCUCGCCCAGCCCACCUCGCUUCCCCCCUUCCCGGCAGCAUGGGGUGCGCCGCCCACCAUCCCGGGCUUUGGCAACGCGGCCUUUAGCGUACUGUACUCGGACGUCGGCCCCACAUACUACACCAGGUGUACCAAGGGCGACAGUGGGGCCGGGUGGAUGCCGCACAACCCAGGCAAGCGCGUGUGGGACGUCCCCGGCGCCGACGAGACGGUGGAUUGGCGCGACUAUGACGGCGAGUGGGUCGACUAUGCGGGUCUCGAGAAGCUGGGCGCCAUCGGCAGCGAGCGUAUCCGCAAGAACCUGCCUGCCAAGGGCGACACGAGCAAGACGCGCAUGGCCAUCCUGCCCGACGGCGGAUGGUUCCAGAACGCGCCUACGCGUUACCAGCUGAGCAACAACGCCCGUCCAGACGCCAAGUUUGGCCUUGUCCUCCCUGCCUGUGCCUCGGGCGAGCAGCCCUUCCUCGUCUGGGGCUUUGACAAGGAGGGCAAGCGCAUGGUCGUUGGCCACGCGUCCGGCAACGUCCCCUGGUCGGCUGUGGUCGCGGCCGCCAAGCACGAGGGCUGUACCUCGAUCGAGAGCUGGGCAGACUACGGGUGGGACGAGCAGGCCAGCGCGUUCGAGCACAUGACGGAGAAGAGUAUCCCCGCGCUGGCGGCGUACACCCUCGGCGAGGAUGCCAAGAUUGAGUGGCUGCACAAUGAAAAGUACCCGUGGAUGUAG